GGUUUAUGUUCACCUUCUUCUUGUUCCCAGUGAAGUAGCAUCUCCAGAUUGCGAAGUUUAUUUCACGGGGUCAUAUCCACAACAUCCACGUGCAUCACUGCAAACUAAAAGUGAGGAAUGAGCGCAGCAGUUCCACCGAGCAACUGCGAGGAAAGGAACGAAGGCUGCAGCAAGAUGUCCCAGGUCACCCCGAAGUUCCAGGUCACUGUAGUCAAAGCCGAAGAUGACUUCCAACCCGAGGAACCCACUCAAUUCAGAUCCGAUCAAUUCCUCGCACCCCCUAACUACGCCUACGACUAUACCAAAAGCGCCACACCAUCGCAUGCCAGCAGGUACCUCAGAUCCCUAACCCAACUGACGCGUGACGCCCUUCCAAGGGAGCAUCAUUAUUGGAGUACGAGGGAUAUUCAGGGCGAAUACCGAAGGCCUUCUUUGGAUGAUCUCCAUGCCCCAGCCAUCGUCGAACCCCCACGGACGGUCCCAGAGGAAAGACGCCAGGAAGAUCCUCAGGAGGGAGUCAUCAAGUUCGGCUGGAUAAAGGGAGUCUUUAUUAAAUGUCUGCUGAAUAUCUGGGGGGUCAUGCUGUUCCUGCGCCUGUCGUGGGUCGUUGGACAAGCAGGAAUCGGUCAAGGUCUCAUCCUCAUCUCCUCCUGCAACCUUGUCACACUCGUCACCAGCAUCUCCAUGUCUGCCGUCAGCACCAACGGACAGAUCAAAGGAGGCGGGAUCUACUACAUGAUUUCGAGAUCCCUGGGUCCCCAGUUCGGUGGGGCCAUCGGGCUCAUGUUCACGUUCGCAAACAGCAUCGCAUGUGCUAUGUACAUCAUCGGCUUCUGCGACUCCCUCAAGGCUCUGUUGGCCAACGAAUUUUCCACUAGCCUGAUCGGCGGAGGAGAAAACUUCACUCGGGUGUUUGGCUGUAUCUCCAUUGUCGUUAUCUUCAUCAUUGUUUUCGUUGGAAUGAACUGGGUCACUCGGACGGAGUUUCUGCUCCUAGGCAUCCUGCUAGCCUCACAGGCAGACUUUAUCAUCGGAACCAUCAUGGGCCCAACAGAUGAUAAAAAUCUGGCUCGCGGCUUCGUUGGAUACAGGAGAGAUGUCUUCAAGCAGAACUGGCAAUCUGCCUAUGGGCCUUCCGGGGUCGAGAGAAAGGACCAGAACUUCUUCAGCGUCUUUGCCAUCUUCUUUCCUGCUGUCACUGGGAUCGUUGCUGGUGCCAACCUCUCUGGUGACCUGAAGGACCCGUCGUCGGCAAUCCCUAAGGGAACUUUGGCAGCGAUGAUUCUGACGUAUUUCUCGUACAUUGGAUAUGCGGUUAUGAUGGCUGGUUGUGAGGUGAGGGAUGCAUCCGGAGAUAUCUCCGAACUGGACAAGAAUCUCGCCGACAUCUUAGAUUCACCUGCUUUCAAUUGCACUUCUCGCUCUUGUAAUUGGGGACUGAAGAACAGCAACCAGAUGAUGACGACGGCAGCAGCAUGGUAUCCAUUGAUAUACGGCGGGUGCUUCGCGGCCACACUCUCCUCCGCCAUCGGUAGUCUCAUUGGUGCUCCUCGCGCUUUGGCCAGGGAUAAGCUGUACCCUGGCAUCGGCUUCUUUGGAGUAGGUUCCGGACCCAAUAACGAUCCUGUCCGUGGUUACGUUGCCUGCUUCAUCAUUGCCGUUGCAUGCAUCCUCCUGGGUCAGUUCCUUUAG